AUGGCGAAGAAGCAGGCAUUCAGUGGGUGGGAGAACAACGGGGAGCGUGGAGGUGUGGAUUCUCUUUUUGCACCACCUCGAUCUCACUCUUUGACAAGUGGUGACUAUGCCAAACUAGUGGAGGUACGGAUUUGUGUUGACAAGUUUUUCAACCUGCUGAACUGUCCACCCGAUACGUCAAGGUUGGAGAUCCUCUCGGCCAACCCUCAUCUCGCCUGGACCAGUCCCUGUCCCAACGUCUUUGUCGUCUCCCUCUAA